UAUUUUCGCGUGGAGAAGGGAAGUCGGCCAUUUUGGGCGAAAACAAUAUUUAGAAAUUCGGUUACGAAGAGUUUUGGCAUGGAUCGGGAUUUUCUGUGGAAUUUCAGACAUUUUGCUGGAUCAGAAUAACUCUUGGAAUAUAUAUCUAAUGAAUUUAAUGGAGAAAAUCCCAAUUUUUAACCACAAUUUCAUAUUUUCAGCCCCGGAAAAUUGCCCAAUUCCAGGGCAGUUUCUAUUUUCGGUACGAAACGGUCAAGAUACAAACACGUUAUACGGCAGGAAAGUGACAGUUCUGUAAAUUUCGCGCUGCAGAAACGACAGUUGUUAAUCUUUCUACUGGAGUGCGAGAUUUUAUAGAUCAUUGCAACAUAGUUGCUGGAAAUUUUCUGCUUUAGUUUGCAAAUGGUGUAACGAGGGAUCUCGUCGGUCAGCUAGUGAAAAAAGACUGAUUACAAAUUCAAAAUGUCGACUCCAUCAACUAGACUCCCUUUGCAGACAGUACACGAGUCUGUGAUGUCUGAACACAGAAAAGAUGAGAAAACCAAUGCAAGGAUCUCUUCCUCAAAAUCUAGGACUGAUGAGCCACACAUUGGGAAAUACCGACUUAUAAAGACAAUAGGAAAGGGAAAUUUUGCGAAAGUAAAGCUUGCCAAGCAUGUUCCAACAGGAAGAGAGGUUGCCAUAAAAAUCAUAGACAAAACACAGCUCAACCCAUCAAGUCUCCAAAAGUUAUUUCGGGAAGUUAGAAUAAUGAAAAUGUUAGACCAUCCAAAUAUAGUCAAACUCUUUGAAGUUAUAGAAACAGAAAAGACGUUAUAUUUAGUCAUGGAAUAUGCAAGUGGGGGGGAAGUGUUCGAUUACUUAGUAGCACAUGGUAGAAUGAAAGAAAAAGAAGCUAGGGCAAAGUUUAGACAGAUUAUAUCCUCAGUUCAGUAUUGUCAUCAAAAGAAUAUAGUCCAUAGAGAUUUAAAAGCUGAAAAUCUGUUAUUAGAUGCCGAUAUGAACAUCAAGAUUGCAGAUUUUGGCUUUAGUAAUGAAUUUGUACCUGGGAACAAAUUAGACACAUUUUGUGGUAGUCCGCCUUAUGCAGCACCAGAACUUUUUCAGGGCAAAAAAUACGAUGGUCCCGAGGUAGAUGUAUGGAGUUUAGGAGUUAUCUUAUAUACACUAGUCAGUGGGUCAUUACCUUUUGAUGGGCAAAACUUAAAGGAAUUAAGAGAAAGAGUUUUACGGGGGAAAUACAGAAUACCUUUUUAUAUGUCAACAGACUGUGAAAAUUUAUUAAAAAGAUUUUUAGUGUUAAAUCCUACUAAAAGAGCUAGUUUAGAGACAAUUAUGAAGGAUAGAUGGAUCAAUAUGGGCUUGGAGGAGAAUGAAUUAAAGCCGUACAAAGAGCCGCCCAAAGAUAUUUGCGAUACAAAACGGAUAGAAAUUAUGGUGAACAUGGGCUACAGUCGGGCCAGUAUAGAAGAAUCGGUAGUACAACAAAAGUUUGAUGAUAUUCAAGCAACAUACCUUUUGCUGGGCAGAAGGACGACAGACUUAGAAGGUAGUGAUAGAUCGGGUAGCAGUCAGUCAUUGCGUCACCUCCAAUCAUCAACGACAUCCAAUCGACCUCAGAGUGAGAACCAGGCCAACAACCAGUCUCCAAACAAAGUGACACGAAGCCAGUCUGCAACAAGUAGCGGAACACGAGGUCAGAGACGCCACAGUCAUGGUGGAGAUAAUAAUGCGCAUGGUAGUAUGAAACGGGGUCCAGGAAGUGCUUCACAAUCCAGUUCACAUGCACCACGUCGACAAAAUACUAUAGACACAACUAGUUCAACUAAGGAGAAUGUUAUCUCAGGAAGGAAAACUCCGUCAGGAAACGUGAUGGAGUCACCAAAGAUCAAUUCAGCGAGUCCAGCUCGGGCGACGAUCCCGAAGAAGCCUGGCUCAUCUUCUACAGGGAAAAACAGUGUGAUUCAUACAAGUAUUCCACGGCGGAGUGGAACGUUCAGCCCUGGUGAUACCCGUGUUCAAACCCCUAGUGAGAAACCACCGUCAAGAGCAACAAACGGUCAAGAUAUAAGGCAAAUGACAAACUCCACCAAUGCAUCAGAUAUAACGCCUGUAAGCAGGGAUGCAACAAGGCCUAAAGGUCAUGUAAAAUCUGCAAGCACUUCCCAUCCCAGAAAUAUGGAGUUACCCCCUCUUGAGAGUGAUUUUAGACCCACCACUGCCCCAGAAAGAAAACCCAUUGUGCCUAUAUCGCCCGCUACACCCAAGCAAAACACGUCAAUACUGUACCGCGGUACUGCCAGCCGUAGCACAUUCCACGGAGGUCCGAUCCGAGACCGACGACAGACCAACAACUACGGCCCCGGGGGCGUUCCAAUGCAUUCACAAGACACGUCAGCCAUGGGCACAACUGGACGCUUCUCUAUAUUCAACAAACUCACAUCAAAGUUUAGCCGCAGAGACGGUGGUCAGGAGGUAUUGACAAGAAGCAAAUUGUUCCGCAGGUCAAUAAAUGAAGGACAGCGGGAUAGUGGUGGUGUUGGAAGUCACGGUAUCAGCAGUGGCGGACCUCCUUCAUCUGGCAUAGGCGAGGCUGUGAAGCCAAGAUCGCUACGAUUUACGUGGAGCAUGAAAACGACAAGCUCAAUGGAUCCUAACGAUAUGAUGAAGGAGAUACGCAAAGUUUUGGAUGCAAAUAACUGUGAUUAUGAACAGAGAGAAAAAUUUCUCCUACUCUGUGUCCAUGGGGACCCUAAUACUGACAGUCUAGUGCAAUGGGAGAUGGAAGUGUGUAAAUUACCUAGACUUUCUCUCAAUGGUGUGCGCUUCAAACGCAUAUCAGGCACAUCUAUAGGCUUUAAGAACAUUGCUUCAAAAAUUGCCAAUGAGUUGAAACUUUGAUAAGAGGACACAGUUCAUAUUGACAUUAUUUUUCUGUUAAAUGGUAUUUCAUCAUGAGAUUUAAUUUGAACAUGGGCAAAUGUGUUUUAGGAACGGUACAGUAGUAUUUAUCAAGAAAAUGAUCUGGUCUUAAGAUGAGUAUGGGUAUCUUACUAGUUGUCAUGUGACAUGGUUCCAUUAAAAGACAUGCAUGCAUGUCGGUCUAUGAAGACAUACCUCAUGGUACAUGCUUGUGUUCGACAUUGCCUAUGUUUCACUGUGGAGACUGGCAUGCAUUUCAUGCGUGUGUAGAUAACACCCUUGUGGCAUGUGUCCAUCUCCUCGGCAAACUCUCAGAUGUGUCUAGUGACAAUGUUUUUGUGUACCUAUUGAUUUUUUAACGGCUCGCACUGUGGAGGUAUCUGCACUAGGAUUUUGUAAUUUAUUUUUAUUACGAUGUUCUAGAAUUGCUACGAUUAUUGUGCUAUGAUAUAUAGGAUGGUGUCUGAAGUACCUUGUUAUAAAAUGUGCCAAUUUAUUAUAGCUACAUGUAUAUUUCUUCAACAUUUGUGAUAAUGGGAAUAUUGACAUGGCUGUGGCAGUUGUAAGGAAAUGACACAGCAGUUGUUAUGGCCUGUAUCUGAGAGUGGAGCUAUAUGUCAAACACCUGACAGGGUACUUAAUCAAGAAAGGGCUUGCCGAUCUCCACAUUUCCAAGGGAUCAGUGAAGUUCUUCGACUUCCCUUCGGGCCAUGACCACACAGGUGAUCCUUGUAUCGAGCCCUCUACCAUUGUAUAUGUAUAUCAUUCAUUAGGAUUUUAAUUAUUUUGUACAAAGUGUAAAUACGGUGUAAAAUAAUAUAAUAUACUUAGUAUAAGUACUAUUUGUAACAAGUAAUUGUGAAAUGAACUUGAAAGUAUACUAAAAAAUCAUGUACAGAGAUUAAGUUAAUUGUAAAUUUUAGCUACUCUACAGUUGUUGUUUUUAAUUAUUAUAGAAAAAGCUAAAUUAGCAUGCAGGUAUGCAUGUUGGGGAGCUGAACUUAUUUUAUCAAAAUAGCCAUGUAAGGGUGCUCAACUUGCAGAAACUACUGUCUUUUUCUAUGCAGACAAAAUAGUUCGCAUUUACUGAUAAGCUGGUGAUUGAAGCUCUGUAUGUCUUGCUAAGGUACAGUUGUAUUAUUGGUGUCAUGAGCUCCAGGAACUUUUGUGACACAUAGUUCUGAAAUAGCUAUAGAUUUCUACCAAUUUGGUUUGCUGAAAUCUGUAUAGAGCUGUAUGAAAAAUAUAAGGAUUAUUUUAUUUUGUGUUCUUCAGAAUCAGAAAAGACACUGUAUCUUUGUGUAUAUUUGUUAAAGAGAAAAGUGUUACAUGCUUACCUAAAUUAACAUGAAUGAUGGUCAUAGGUAGGGAUACUAAUAUUCAGCCUUUCUUUUCUAUUCACAUUUCACGUACUUUUGGGGUGAAGUCUUAACAAUUGAAGCAACCUAGUCUCUCUACAUUGCUAUAUAAUACUGUAGGCUAGGGGAAUUUUCUUUUCAUCACCAGCAGUUAGCAUUAACAGUAAAUGUUUUAACUGUUUUAUCGAAAGAUGUUGGUCCAUGAAAUCUAUAUUGUUAAAUUUCAGUAUAUUACCUUUGUUAAUGGGGAGUAACUCAAUUUGUUGAACUUGUUUCACUGUAAGAAAAAUAACUAUGGGAAAGGAAAAGAUUUACUCAAAAGUAUAAAGAAAGAUACCAGUAUUGUAGUCAGAUUUACAAAAUAUGGUCCCUUGUUUGACCAUUAAAUCUUGGAUCUUGUUUCAAACUUUUCAUAGAAGAUGUAUACUUAUUAUAUAUAUACACACACUUUUACCAGAGUUUUUUAGGUUAUGCACUUUAAAUAUAAAGACAUUUAAUUUGGAAGCUGUUCUUUUAUUUUCUGUCAUAAUGUUAGGAAAAGGAAGUAAUUCUGCCAGAUUCUUUCUCUGGAUCAAACAAGGAUGAAAAUUUGGCCAAUAUGCACUUAAGGAAAAAUGCAUUUCACUGGCUUCUUAAAUAUGUAAAGAUUUGCAGCUUCAAGAUCUGACUCUGGUUUAUCAUGUCAUUUGAAAUAUCAUCUAACAUUUGGGUGUUUGGUAAAUGCUUUUUCAUACAGAAUUUUAGAAAUGACAUUUUGUGGAAACAUGUGUAUCGUUACAGAAAGUCGUAUUCUGAUCUCAGAAUAAUGCCAAAUUACUGUGAAAUAUGGCUUUUUAGUGUAUGAAAUGUCAGGAAAAAUUAAGUUACAAUGUUAGGUUCUCACCCCUCCCCUGUCCUGUAUUUCCCUAUUUUGUGUGUGCUAUAUAUACAUUUUGUGAUAUCCCAAUGUGAAAAAGGUCAGUUUAGCAAAUGUUGCAUUUGUUGUAUGUUAACACAUUUUGUUUCGCCUUGUGUUUUAAAUUGAAGCAUUAUGAACAAAGUUUUUUUUUUUUUCCGAGACAACUGACAGAGCGUUUCUUACUAGAUCUUGUUUUCUGGCAUUUUUGUUUCUCUUGUGUAAUGAUACAUUUUAAAAAGUGACAUUGUUGAAGGUAUGGUCUGUUUCCUGUAUAUUUUCAAGUCAAGAUAUUUUCAGUGCUGGUAUUUUUAAACUUACAUGUAAUUAAGAUUUGUUCUCAGUUUUGUCUAUUAAAGAGGUAUUUAGGGUUAAUUAAUUUUGAAAUAAUGCAGUAUUUCUGAAAUAUAUACUAGUAUGGUCUGAAAAAGGUUUAUUUUUUGAAAAUUCCAUUUGCAUAUUUAAGUAAUUUCAGUUAAGUUGAGGUAUCAGUUCAGUAAAAAUUACUUUAUUGAAGAAGUCAGUUUAGUUUCAGCAGAAAACACUCAAUAGGUCAAAUGUUAAAUACUAUUUUUUCUAACGCAGUUUAAAUACUUCAUUUGAAAAAUUACACACUUUGGUACAAGGUAAUAAAGCAAAGUUAGUAAACCAGUCUAGAAACUAGUGUCUGAUUGGUUACUUCUGAGUACUGUUUUUGAAAUUAGCCAGUGGUAAUGUUUGAUGCUGAGAAUUGUCUUUCAGACUGUGUAUCAAGCCAAAAUUAAAGUGAAUUGUUAGGUGAGAAUAACUGAUUUUUUCUUUACUGUGAUGCUUUGCUGUUCAUUAUGUAUGAGCCUAAGUAUUGAAAUAAAAGUUGAAACUUACUUUUGAUAAGUUAGAUUUGUCAGAUCAGGAUUCAGUUUUCACAAGCACUUCACCAAUUUGUACUGACAGUUUUGAGGUGAUCUUUUGAAAGGUGGAAGUAAAUCUGGUUUGUCAGCUUCCCAAGAGUUCGUAGAAUUUUCUGUUUUAUAAAAUUGUCUAGUGGAAGAAACCUUUUCAUUGGUAGUACAUUGUCAUUUUAGUGAAUAUACUGAAGUUGAAUGUGUUCACUGUGAAUAUUCAAAAAAUUUGAUCAUAUGUGUGUCCAUUUGUGUACUCGCCAUGCAAGGAGAAUAGCUUGAUAUUUAAUCCUGAUCUGCACAGUUUAGCUAGCAGUGUGGUUAAUUAAUCAGAGAAUGACUGUACAAGGGUAGUUUAAUACUUUUAUAUAAUGAUGUUAUAUAUGUUACUUUGGUCAUAUAAAUAGGAACUGUUGCAUAAUAUUCAUGGAAGCAUUUUUUAACAAGGCUGGCUUUUUCAACAUUUUUAUGCCCCCACUUUGUGGGGGGCAUAUAGAUUUGCCCUUGUCUGUCCAUCCGAGAAUGUUGUGUUGCGCCUAGCUCCAAAAGUAUUUGACGUAGAGUCACAAAACUUUACAGGAAUGUUGGUCAGCAUGUGUAGUUGUGCACCUGCGGUUUCGCGUCUGGAUUCAUCCAGUCAUGUAGGAGUUAUGGCCCCUGACUUAGUAAAAAAUUGGUCAUUUUAAUGUUGUGUCGCGCAUAGCUCCAAAAGUAUUUGACCUAGAGUCACCAAAGUUUACAGGAAUGUUGGUCAGCAUGUGCAGUUGUGCACCUGGGGUUUCGCAUCUGGAUUCAUUCAGUCUUGUAGGAGUUAUGGCCCCUGACUUAAUUAAAAAUUGGUCAUUUUAAUGUUGUGUUGUGCGUAGCUCCAAAAGUAUUUGACCUAGAGUCACCAAAGUUUACAGGAAUGUUGGUCAGCAUGUGCAGUUGUGCACCUGGGGUUUCGCGUCCGGGUUCAUUCAGUAUUGUAGGAGUUAUGGCCCCUGACCUGGGAAAAAAUUGUCAUUUUAAUGUCAUGUAGUGGGGGCAUCUGUGUCCCAUGGACACAUUUCUAGUUGGAAAUUGUUUUAUAUGGAACAUUUUUAGACAUUUCUUACACAGUAAUGCUAGUUUUUGAGUCUAGUUUUCAUCUUUUUCUUGCCAUUAGAAUCUUUUACACAGCAUCCAACUAUGCACAGUGUGUAUGUUUAUAAGACAACAAAUCAAAAUAGCAAAUAUAAUUUUUAUCCAGAUUCAUUUUCAUAUGGACCCUAGAAAUGAAAAUAUUCGUGACAAUUUAUCUACUUUUGCAUUUUGUCUUUUUGCAUGUCUUCUGAGUACAGAAUAUUGGCUAGACUUUUGUUUAAGGAAAAGCUUUGCUUAUUUUGUGAAAAGAGUCUUAUGAAACUGUGUUUUAAGAAGUUUCUUUAUAUAUCUUUUAUUCUGUUGCUUCUAAAGAACAAUGUCUCGUCCAUUCUUCAGCUCUACUUGUUGUCACAGACCAUUUUUACAUGCAAUAACUCGUAUUCCUGAUCUAAGUAUCACUUUGAUGAUGCAAUGAAAUAAAUAUGUGAAAAAACUGA